AUGUCUGAUGUUCUUACUCUUCGGGCGAUGAGAAGGUGGAUGCGAUCUUGCUACCGUUCUGUCGAGAACAGACGCGUCUGCAACAUCAACGCUAGCGACGCUCGCACGAGAUGUAGUCGGAGGUACUUGAAGUCGUAUGGAAUCAACCCUUUCAUCAGACAAACAGAGUAUGCUGUUCGAGGUGCCGUCGUAGACGCUGCCUACCUUGUGGAACAAAAACUAAACGAGAUGACUGCUCAUGACUACCCAUUUGAAAAGGUGAUAAAAUUGAAUAUUGGUAAUCCACAAGCUCUGGAACAAAGACCAAUAACAUUCAACAGACAACUUUUAGCUGCCUGUGCUUAUCCUGCUCUUUGGAGCAAAGGUAUCAUACCAGAUGAUGUUGUUGCAAGAGCAAAAGAGAUCUUAAGCUCGUGUGAUGGACAGAGUAUGGGAUCGUAUAGUGAUUCAAUGGGAGUGAGACUUAUAAGAGAACACAUUACCGAGUAUUUGGAGACAAGAGAUGAUCAUUAUACUAAUAUAAGUGACAUAUUUAUGCUUAAUGGAGCAGCUAAAGGAGUGAGGAUGAUAUUGAAACUUAUCAGUUGUGAUGAGGAAAGAGAAAAAAGUGGCGUAAUGAUUCCUGUUCCUCAAUAUCCGCUCUACUCAGCUUCACUUACUGAGUUCAACUUGCCAGCAUUUGCUAUAGAAGAAGGCAAGAAAUCAUGCAAACCUCAAGCAUUAGUUGUUAUUAAUCCAGGAAAUCCCACAGGACAAUGCUUGUCAGAGGCAAACAUGAUUGAAAUUGUCAAGUUUUGUGUUAAAGAGCAACUAAUAUUAAUGGCUGAUGAGGUGUACCAAGAUAAUGUGUAUUCAUCUGAGUUGAAGUUUAAUUCUUUCAAGAAGAUAGUAAGAAACAUGGGAUUGACAAAUGAAGACUUGCAGCUUGUAUCUUUUCAUUCAGCAUCCAAAGGAUUUGCUGGAGAGUGUGGUCAACGCGGUGGUUUUAUGGAGAUGUUGGGAUUUAGCAAUGUUAAGCAGCAGCUCCUAAAAAUAGCUUCGAUCAGAUCGUGCCCUGCAGUAGCUGGCCAGAUUGUAAUGGAUGCAAUUGUUAAAGGACCGAACAAGAGUGAUGAAUCUUAUGAACUGUAUGCGAAGGAAAGGAGUGAUAUUUUACAGUCUUUGAGAGCAAAAGCUCAGCUGGUGACUGAACAAUUGAAACAGACUGCUGGCAUUGAGUGCAAUCCUGUUCAAGGGGCGAUGUACGCAUUUCCAAAAGUUACCAUUCCAGAGAAAGCAAAAAUAGCUGGAAUGGUAACCAUACCUUUAGAACCAGACGUAUUCUAUUGUCUUGAACUUCUAAACAGCAAGGGAAUAUGUGUUGUACCUGGAAGUGGCUUCAAGCAACUCCCAGAAACAUAUCACUUUCGAAUGACCAUACUACCGACGUUCGAAGAUCUCAAAGGAAUAACUAGGGACAUUGCAGAUUUCCACCAAGACUUCACUGUCAAAUACUCCUAGCACGUUCAUACAGGAAAUAGUACGUUGUCAGACUGUUGAGCUGGCCCAUGUUUGUAAAAUCUGACUCCUGCAUGUUUAUAGUUAGUUGAAAAUGAAAUAUUACAGUAUCUUACACAAUUGACCAUGCCGUGGUAGCGUGGGCGUAACUAUGACGUUUGAGAAAGCGUUCAAUUAAUGUGACUGGCUAGAUUUACAUGUGACUUUGGGUUGAACAAUAAACAAUGU